CGACAGAUUGUAAGGAGUGACGCGGGAGCCGGAGUGUGCGCGAUGUAAUUUAGCCGGUAACAUAUUUAUAAUUUUUUUCUUAUCUACCGACAUUAGUUGUCUGCCACGAUCAAUGCGAGUGUCACAUACGGCUGCCGCGUUAUUCCACUUAAAAAUAUUAUAAUCGAGCUAAAUACGUAAUAAACGGUUUCUGAGAAUUUAUCUUGCUUCACUAACGCCCGUGCAAUAAGUAACAAGUGGUCUUCGAGCCGAAUCGAGUGAAUCAAAUGUUCAUCACACCACCGCCACGCGGCAAAAUGGUUUCAACACGUUCCGCAGCGCGCACGGAUCCGAGUCUAAAAGUUGAAAAACAUGAAGUAGUCGAAGCGAGUGACCAACAACAACCUUCUGGAAGCCAAAAUAUUACAUCAGAUACAUCCAAAAAGGAAGCAAAAUCGAAAAAAUCUAAUUUCGAAAAACACGUCGAACAUUUUGAUGUACCCACUGAAAGUCGAAGAACGUCGGAGAAGUCUAGAAGGGUAUCCAGUAUUCCAUCUACCACAUCUUCUUCAAAAUUAGCUCGAAGAAAGCAACUGGAAUAUGAAGCUGCAGCAGCCAAAGCUCGCAUACAAAUGGAAUUAAUUGAUAAAAAACUGCAGGCCGAUAUGGCAAAUAUGGAAAAGUACAGUCCGCAAAAUAGCAUCGAAGAGGAUAGAUGCACGAAUGGUACGGAAAUAGAGGAGUGGUUAGAGCGUAGCAACCAGGAACUGGAAUCGCAAAGGCGCGUCCACAAAAAUGGUAAAAAUAAAAAGGACGAGCCAUGCCCGCCGACCAAUUGUGAUGUCGGCACUGAAAGAACAACAGUUCAACAGUUGGUUACUGCACUAAAGGAGCUAACCCAUACAUCUGUUUCAAGUGGACACAAUGCUAACUUGCUCAGUCGCAUUAGUACACCACGGGAGCUUCCAAUCUUCUCUGGUGAUCCCGCAGACUGGCUCGAGUUCAAACAAGCGUUCCACGAGUCCACACAAGUGUGCAAAUUUAGUCCGACGGAAAAUCUGUGGCGUUUAAGAAAAUGUCUACGGGGAGCCGCUAAAGAAGCGGUCACAGCUCUGCUGUUGAGUGCAUCGUCACCUGAAAUCGUGAUGUCAACACUGGAGCUACAGUUUGGAAACCCAGACAUUAUUUUGUCAAGAAUCCUGUUGGAUAUCAAGAAAAUGCCAUCAAUGUCUCACGAGUAUCACAAAGACAUUGUACAGUUUUCAACCAAAGUGAAAAAUUAUGUAGCAGCUGUUGAGGCUCUUGGUCGACAAGAGUACCUGCAGGGAGUCAGCAUCACUAAAAUCUUGCUGUCUAAGUUGCCAACAGUGUUGUUAUCAAAAUGGACUGACUACAGUUACCCGCUUAUAUCCCAGGGAGCAAAGUCACAGCUGAUUAUUUUGUCCGAAUUUUUAUACAAUGAAGCAAUCAAAGUUUCUCACACGUGCGUAAAUUUAUUAAAUCUACCAAGUGGAAACUACAAUAAAAAGAUUUAUGAAAAGCAAAGAAAUCAGAAUGACAGUCUAUUAUUGCAUAGUACACAGAGUGAUGAAAACUGUAAUUUUUGUAAGAAAUCAGUACACAAAUUACCAGACUGCAAGAAGUUUAAAAAAUCUAUGCGAAAGGAUAGAUGGUUUUUCGUAAAACGUAAUGGUAUUUGCUACAAGUGUUUAGUGUCAAAUCAUGCGCGCGAUAACUGUCCGGCUAUUUCGUGUGAUAUAGACAAUUGUGGACAAGCACACCAUAGGAUGUUACAUUUUAUACCCGGUGGACAUUCACGUCAAAAUAACAGUGAUAACGCGAUGCAAAACAGCGAAUCAUCUGCGGUAGUGCCGGCAAUUAAGACUGUAACAUGCAUUAAUAAAAACUGUACGAGGGUGUUGCUAAAAUGUGUACCUAUAAACAUUCACGGACCUAACGGUGUUAUCAGUGCAAACGCUCUGUUAGACGACGGUUCGACGGUGUCAUUAAUAAGUUCCGAACUAGCUAGCCAAGUGGGACUGUGCGGGCGUAAUGAGUGCAUGCGUGUACGCGGAGCCUGGGACGGUAGUGAAUUGGAAUGCAACGUACAGCUGAUCGACGUGUCGGUGUCAAACAGAGAAGGGACAAAAUUUUCUAUUCGUGUCCGUAGUGUAAAUAACUUAAACCUACCGGUGCAAGACUUAUCCUCAGUAAAGUGUAGUGUUUACGCUCAUUUGAAUAAAAUCAAAAAUUAUAACAUGUGUACCGAUCGGAUCAAACCCGAACUGUUAAUAGGUCAAGAUAAUUACCAUUUGAUCUUACCGUUAGAAGUGAUCGCAGGGAAACCUAAUGAGCCCUGCGCUACUUACACUCCGCUGGGCUGGUGCCUGCAUGGUCAGGUGCCUCAACAUGUCACUUCUCGUUCGCGCAAACGAAAUUCAACAUUAUUUAUCAGCGAUCACGUCAUGCAGUCGUCCCGCGAGACCGACUCUGAGCGGUUGUUGAGGGAAAUGAAUGACGAAGUGCGCAGAUCAUUUACUGUCGAGUCCAUGGGAGUCUCUGCUACACCUAGGCAGAAUACGGAGGAACUCCGCGCCUUGAAAUGCCUCGAAGAAACUUCUAUUCUUGAGAAUGGAAGGUGGUAUGUUGGCUUACCUUGGAAGGAUCGAAACUGCAAGAUGGUGGAUUCCUUCGAAAUGGCCAUGUCUAGACUAAGGAACCUGGAAAAGAAAUUAAACGGGAAUAAUGACCUUUGCAUUCGUUAUAAGGAAAGAAUUCUUCAUUUGCUCGAAAACGACUAUGCAAAGGAAAUAAUAAAGCCUCAAUUUACACCGAAAACGUGGUACUUACCUCAUUUUGGAAUUGAUAAUCCAAACAAGAAGAAACUACGAUUAGUUUUCGAUGCCGCCGCCUGCGCGAAUGGUCAAUCUUUAAACAAUUAUUUACUUACGGGUCCAGAUUUGUUAGUGUCACUAUUUGGAAUAAUGUUGCGGUUCAGAGAAAAUGCAGUCGCUGUAACCGGAGACAUACGUGAUAUGUUUCUAAGAGUGAAGAUUAGACCUCAGGACCAAGAUGUGUUCCGCUUUUUAUGGCGUGAUAAUCCUAGCGAAGAAGUUAGGACGUUCGUCAUGACGUCUUUAAUUUUUGGAGCUAACUGCUCGCCGUUCAUUGCCCAAUUUAUUAAGAAUAAAAAUGCACAACGUUUCGAGUCUACGAAGAGAUCAGCUGCACAGGCAAUAUACACGCAGCACUAUAUGGAUGACUAUAUAGACUCCUUACCUAACGACGAAACGGCAAUAGAAUUGGUAAAAGACAUAAUUUAUAUACAUAAACAAGGUGGCUUUGAUAUACGGAAUUGGACAAGUAACAGCGAGAAAUUAUUGAGCAGCAUACCAAAAGAUAUGCUCGGAUCGACAGCUGUAAGAUUCAAAAUUGAUCAACAGUGCGGUGAGCGAACGCUUGGAUUAAUUUGGCAUCCCCAUAAUGACACGUUUGGAUUUGACACAUUUUUUAAACGCAUACCUGAGGAAAUAGUGGAAGCAACAAAAAAACCUACAAAACGAGAAAUGUUAAGAAUUAUAAUGUCGAUUUUUGACGUCUACGGGUUUAUUUCGCCAUUUACCAUAAACGGCAAAAUUUUAUUACAAGAAACUUGGAGGCUAAAUAUUCAAUGGGACGAUUUAAUACCCGAGAGUAUUUUUAAUAAAUGGCGAGAAUGGUUAUACGUAAUGAAAACAAUAAAUUCAAUAUCAUUACCCAGAUGCUACCUGGCAUGUACAAGUGCGAGCGAGACAGACUGCGAGCAUUUAGGAUUGGGAACGGACACUAGAGUGAGGGAGACAGCAAGAGCAUCUGGUACGAAUGCACCGAAUAGCAAGGUCUCGCAAUCGGCUACGAGUGCUACACAACGCGCUACGAAGUGCGCCCCAACAUAUGCUACGACGAACGUCUCGACCUGUGCUACGAUGAUCGAUAAUAACACAUGUAGUCACAGUGCCGUGUGCGCAGGUAGAACUCAAGCCGCAAUCUAUACAAACCUACAACUACAUAUAUUUUGUGACGCUUCAACAAAGGCAAUGUGUGCGGUCGCUUACUGGCGUUGGAGCAAUAAUAAUCGCAUACAGGUUGCAUUCAUUUGUAGUAAAUGUCGCGUCGCACCUAUAAAACACAUAUCAGUGCCUAGGCUUGAAUUACAAGCGGCGUUAAUGGCAGCGAGACUAGCUCAUGCGAUAAUAGAAGAACACAGAAUAAAGCCUACGCAGACGUUCUUUUGGAGCGACUCAACCACAGUCUUGUAUUGGAUUCACAAUAACUCCCGUAACUAUAAGGCAUAUGUAGCGCAUCGAUUAGGUGAAAUUGAUGAACUGUCGCGUGGAGGCGAAUGGAGAUAUGUUCCUACAAAGAUAAAUAUUGCAGAUGUUGCUACUAGAGGAAUAAAUUCUCCGAAGUUGCCAAAAGAAUGGUUUGAUGGACCGUCGUUUUUGACCUGUAAAGAAAGCGUAUGGCCAUGUGUAACAAAGUUUAAUGUGGAAGAACAGAAACUGGAAUGUGUAACGAUUUUACAUCAAAGUACCGAAAACAUGUGUAUACUGUCUGUAUAUAACUGUCCCAGAGCCAACCAAAUUUUCCUCGUGGUUACGACUACUUCGGUCUACAGCAUGUGUUUUAAUCUUUAUCUUCAAAUGUAGAAAAAGAUAUAAUAAUAUUGA